AUGGUAACCUCUUGGGUCAUCACAGCUGCAUCCACUGACACCCUGGAAGCAAGAAACUGCUCUGAAUGUCACAGCAAUGCCACCUGCAUGGAGGACGGGACUGUCACAACAUGCUCCUGCCAGGUGGGUUUCACUGGUAACGGCCUUGUGUGCGUGGACCUGGAUGAAUGUGUCAUCCCUGGGGCCCACAACUGCUCCGAGGACAGCAGCUGCGUGAACAUGCUGGGCUCCUACUUGUGCACCUGCCCUGACGGCUUCCGACUGAUGCCCGGGCUGGGCUGCACCGACGUGGAUGAGUGCGCAGAGCCCGGGCUCAGCCACUGCCACGCCCUGGCCACCUGUGUCAAUAGCAAGGGCAAUUACUCGUGUGUCUGUCCUGAGGGCUAUCUGGGGGACAGGAAACACUGCGAGUGCUCCCCGGGCUCCUGUGGGCCGGGACUGGACUGCGUGCCCGGGGGCGACGCGCUGGUAUGCGCAGACCCAUGCCAAGAGUACCGCAUCCUAGAUGAGUACUGGCGCAGUGCCGAGCACGGGGCGGGUUACACCUGCGACAUGGGCCUGAGUGGCUGGUACCGCUUCGUGGGGUCGGGCGGUGUGCGCCUGGCGGAGACCUGCGUGCCGGUCCUGCACUGUAACACGGCCGCGCCCAUGUGGCUCAACGGCACGCACCCGUCCAGUGACGAGGGCAUAGUGAGCCGCACAGCCUGCGCGCACUGGAGUGGCCACUGCUGCCUGUGGGACGCGCCCGUCCAAGGGAAGGCCUGUGCUGGUGGCUACUAUGUCUACAACCUGGGCGCGCCCACCGAGUGCUAUCUGGCCUACUGCACAGACCCCAGCUCCGUGUUGGGGACAUGUGAGGAGUGCAGUAUAGACGAGGACUGCAAGUCGGAUGAUGGCACAUGGAGCUGCCAGUGCAAACAGGACUUCAAUAUCACUGAUCUCUCCCUCCUGGAGCGCAGGCUGGAGUGUGGAGCCAAUGACAUCAAGGUGUCCCUGAGCAAGUGCCAGCUGAAAAGCCUGGGCUUUGAGAAGCUGGGAGGGCAGCUCACAGGUGGCCAUAGAAACCCCUUUGACUUUGAGUCCUACUCAGAUUCUCAUGCCCCUUUCUCCCGCUCCCACCCCCCAAUACAGAGGAAUGAAACCCAUGCCAUAUAUAGCAACACCCUCUACCGGGCAGAUGAGAUCAUCAUCCGUGACUGCAACAUCAAAAUCAACUUUGCGUGUUCCUACCCCCUGGACAUGAAAGCUUGA